UAUGUUGAAACAUGCAGGUUCCCUUACUUGUUUGUCCGUUUUACACAAUGGCUUGUUGUCCAUACUUUAUCGCGCCGUACUAUCUUCAGUAGCUUUUAUAGCUACUGCUCAUGCGUGGGUACUUUACACGCUAUAGGAUUUAAUAUUCUAAAUAAAAUUGAGUGUCUAUGAAACUUUACUGCAACAUGUUGUUUGCAUCCGGAAAAGUCACGAUGCAGAACAUUUGGUUUAUACUUGCAAUAGCGAUCGCACCACUGUCGCUGGGAAUACAGGUCGAUUUUGAAAAUGCAGACCAAAUAUCGGGAUUCGACAUAAUGGGUCAUACGCUGCGGGUUCGCAAGUAUAAUCGCACCACGAUUGUACUGAACGGUACCACUAUAUUGAAGACGAUCCUCAACAAUAGCUACCAGCUUUCAACUGAUAUGUUUCACAGCCCGCUGGGCAAUCAGCAAUUCAAUCACUACCCGAUGAAGUUACCCUCUCAGCGAGUGUGUGAUUUUCUGAACACACUGCACGAUGACUACAGUGAGUAUUUGACCAACAUUUACAACCUACCGGAGCGUGGGACGUGCCCGAUCUACCCGCAAGAUGUUUAUACGAUCGAUAAGGUAUUCCCUGCUAAGGCGAUUCCAGCAUUCGUGCCGAAGGGACUUUGGAAAGCAUUUAUAAUCUUCUCACUAGAAGAGGAAGAGGUAGCACGGUUCGUGUGGAUCGUUAAGGUUAGCAAUGAUUUCAUUUAAGUUAUAUAUUUGCUAAAAAAAAUACAUUUAGAUGCAUUAUAAUGACAGUAAUGAUUGCGAAUACUAACGACUAAUAGUAUGUUGCGCUGUUUGUAACUGGUAUGCGAAAGUAAUAAAAUACAAUUUCAUUUAAAAAUGAAAAAAGAACGCUUAUAAGAAUUUAAAAUUUGUUGUAAAUUAUCUUAUAUCCACAAUAUUAACCAUGUGACAUACUUUCAUUGCGAUAGUAAUUACGU